AAGAAUCCCUCCGGAGUUGUGAGGACCAGUGGACCCAGAGGAGGAGCCAGAUCUCUACCCUCCCGAUCCCCAGGACGUAUGGGCAAAUAUUAAACGACAAGCCUUAGAGCGCCAGAUAGAUAAUGUGGAAGCGCGGGGGUGGUGGCGGCAGCGAAAUGGCGGCGGCGGCGGCGGCGGUCGGGCGCGCAGUGCCGGCGUGGCGGCGGCGGCUGCUGUGCCUCUGUGUGUGCGCCGCGCUGCUGCUGCCGGCGGCGCGGGGCCUCACCGAGGGGCUGUACUGCGGCCGCCGGGUGUGCUACGAGGUGCUGGGCGUCAGCCGGCAGGCCAGCAAGGCGGAGAUCGCCCGCGCCUACCGGCAGCUGGCCCGCAAGUACCACCCCGACCGCUACCGCGGGGAGCCGGCCGCGCUGGGCGGCGGCCCGCAGGCGGCACACGAGAAGUUCCUCGUCAUCGCCACCGCCUACGAGACGCUCAAGGUGAGAGAGCGGGGACCGCCGCCGCGGCCGGAGCCGCUCCGGAUGAAGAAAUGCGCAAAGAUUAUGACUACAUGUUGGAUCAUCCUGAAGAGUAUUACAGGCAUUAUUAUCACUACUACAGCAGGAGAUUGGCACCGAAAGUGGAUGUCAGAAUAGUGAUUCUGGUUACGGUGAUCUCCCAGGCUAAAUGGCCCCCACAAUGGCCUCUGGCUAAUGUUUCUCAGACCUUAGCAGGGAUUGGGGGUGCUGGAAAUAGUCACCAGAGCCUAGAGCUCAUUCAGAUACUGGGCCCGGAGGGGCAUGUAGCCUCUGUUAAGCCCUUUGUGCUACCUGUGCCUAUGAUCUUAUGGGGACGUGAUGUACUGUCACAAUGGGGAAUGGCUAUUCAAACGCAUUUUUAGGAGGGGCCAUUGAGGUGCGCGACACCCUGAAAUUAACCUGGAAAACUAAUACCCCUGUCUGGGUGGAUCAAUGGCCCCUGCCGCUAGAAAAGCUUCGCGCCCUGAAAGAAUUAGUUGAUGAACAGUUAUCCAAAAGACAUGUUGUGCCCUCUGUAAGCCCCUGGAAUUCACCUGUUUUUGUGAUUAAAAAACAAACUGGCAA